CAAAGACCACUAGUCUUGUGUGCAUUUACGCCAGGAGCACAAAGUACACACUUCGAGGCAUUGUGGCAGCUGCGCGCCUGGUGGCCUUUCUCUCCACAACAGAGACAGAGAUCGGUUCGAUCAGGUCCCUUACAAUCGCGGGAGAUGUGGUCUGUUGCUCAACAGCGGAAUCAUCUCCUGUUAGGCGGUAGGAUCCGUACCGGGCAACUGGACCAGUCUACCUUCAACGUACCAGCACGUACCACCUUCGCUGCUAAAUCCCCAGGCAUUUUUAUAUAUGCCGUCUGCGUACCGUUGUAUGAUAGUCUUAGCUUCGCCCCCAAGAGGGUGCUUCCACAAUCGAAUUGCUGCCUGAAGGCCGAUACCACCUGUUCUGCCUUGGUCUCAAUGUCAACAUCGCGGCACUCUACCGUUUCCGACCGGUUCAGCACCCUCACUUGUCCGGUUGUGCUUACAGACUCCUCUAUGAGGCUCCUCUAUGUGGACUCAUCUGCAUCUGAUAUCUGUAGGUUCGCCGUGGCAAUAGUACUUGCAGCGUCCGCUGUGUCACUGUUUGCUACUUUACCCAUACCAGCUUCGCUUUUUACUCGCUUCUGCUGCUCCUCAAGUACUUCAGGGGAGCCGAGAUUUCUCCCCCUUUUGGACGGAGCCUGGGGUCCCGAUGCCACAUUGUUUCUCAGCACUCUUUCAGUUCUCUCUGCCCGCAGUUUCCAAGAAAGUAGCUCCCAUUCAACACUGCCGAGGUCUGACAGUAUUUUCACGGCCAUUUUCUUGAUGGGAGCAUGUACGUUGUGCUGGUUCUUCGUGUACAAAUGCAACUCUCUCGCCGUUGCUAACGCAGCCUGUAGUUUCGCUGCUGUUUUGCGACGGUUCGAGCAUCAUCAGCGUCGACUCUUGGGGGUUGCGGUCCUUCAUGCUGUCUCGUUCUUCUGCGACAUCAGCGGUUACGCUCGGUGUUUCAACCGCAUUUUCAGGGGUAGGUGCAGCGGGAGGGGAGGGAGGGGAUCUCGGGGUCUUGGAGCUCCUUGGGUGUGGCUGUAUGUGCAGAGCCAUAUGAAGAUCUUGCCAAAGCAAGGUGUUGCUGGCAUUACCAAAGCCGAAAAAUCAUUAUCUGCCCAUGUUAAACAAUCAAUCAGUCAAAACUUCAUAAUAGAAAGUUUCAUAAUCAAAAUCAUUUAAAGGUUUAUGCACCCAAACAAAUUUACCACGGCCAGACUAUCCUGUAAAACAAUCUGUCACGAAUGUACUGCAAAGCGGUGUGCGCAUGUAUGUGUUGGUGCGCUAUUACAAAAUAGAAGAAAAAAUUGUAACGUUUACCGAGCAAGAAUAGAAAAAAAGAUGUGCAAAGCCAACGACGAGUAAGCAGCCGCUGCAAAAUGAAAAAGAAACACAGUAAGCGAAAGUAAGAGAAAAUCUCCGGCGUCUCCAAAAUUCUACCCAUAAAUUAUACCACCAAGCAACCGUCUGGUAAGGACAAAGAAGAGAGGAGAUAACGCAGAACAGUGUGCACGACAUACAUUUGCAGCAGAACGGGAAUCUGGAGCGCGGAGUCAAAAAUGAGUCCGGAACCAAAAUGAGACCGGAACCAAAACGAGUCCGGAACCAAUUCGACUCCGGAAUCAAGACGAUUCCGGAAUCAAAACGAAUCCGAAACCAAAACGAGGUCUUGGUCUUGGGUUCAUAACAUCCAAGGUACAUUGAUGAUCCCGUGGACUCAUGCUUAGUGUUCGGUCCUACACACCACAGUACAGGAAGAUCCACAGUUUGAUAGAAGAAACGUUUCUAGAACAUACAAAGGUCCGAAUCAACUAAUAUACAAACGUCUAACAAAUAUUAAUUCGAGUUUCACGAGGAUUCCAUGUGUGUCCAUACAGUUUUACAUAGGCUUAAAUCUUCCACGGUAUAAAAAUCUCGCUCAGCAUUGUAUUAAUCGUUUUUUUAUACACAAUAUUUGCCUCCGCGUGAAUCUUCACGUCAACUCUGCCAAGACUUUUGGAAGUAGCUUAUCCCGUGGGAAACCUCCUCGAAACUCUUAUGAUUUCUGUUUAAUCUUUUGGGAAUGUGGGGGUAGCAUCGACUGAUCGGAAUUAAAUGAACCCCACGAGCAGUGAAACGCUGCGAUAAGGGAACUGCUUGAGAAUGUGAGGGCAGAGGGAGAAGCAGCAAGACAAUAAACCAUAGGAAGAACUAUUGAUUAAAAGGGUUGAAAAAAUACACACAACCCAUCAGAAAGCAAUCGGAGAGAAAUGCCUUUGAAAAGGACCGCAAGGAUGCGAGACUGCAGCGAAUCGGUGAAACGUGAACGGUGCAUGAAUCGGUGGGGUGCUGGAAAUUACUAGGUGGCGGGAAGGGAAGAGUUGGGGGGAUCAAUGAGCACUACACCAGGGGUCGGCAACACUUUUCUCAAAAAAGGUCAGAUAGUAAACACGCAGACGCCAUAGUUUGUCAUUAGUUUUCAAUGAAGAGACUUUCUUGCAUAUAUUUAAAUUUUAUAUGCUUGCGUGUUAAGCAAAGCUAAUAAGCUCAAUAAUCUCAAUAAUCAAAUCGAUCAAUUUAUAUUGACCUUAGUCAAUAAAAAAAUUGUCCGAUUUUAAAUAAUCGGACAAUCGAAAAAUUUUAAACAAAGAUUGAGUCUAAAAACAGUCGGUGAACCCUUGAUGACGAUAUCUUGGGUUUUUUUUUUUGCGAGUCCCACUAACAUCUUCUUUCGGACCAGAUGAACUCAGCCAGCGGGUUGGAUAUUGCCCACCCCUGUCGAUCAACGAUCGAGCCGCGAGAAUGGAGCGAAAGGCAAAAAUCUGUUUUCCCAACUCCCGGUUCAUGCACCAUUCCACCCAACAGCAACCACAGCAACAAAACUUCAAAGAUGAAUUCCAUGCGAAAGAAGGGCAAUUCCUCGACAGCGAUCCGUUCUAUAAGGAGAAAAGAUAAAACGAAAUGGCCGAGGAAGCAGGAAGCAGACACAACCGAAGAUACACACGUAGGAAAGUCUAAAUGCGAACGGUACAGAACAGCACUUUGCAAAGAAAACGAGCAAAAACGUAAUAGCACAAACAGCCAUAUAUAUACACAUAUAUAGAGAUGUAGAUUACAUAUACAGUAACGGACAAAACAAUAAAAAUAUCAUGAUAUCUGUUUAUUUAUGGAAAACUAUUAUUUAAAUUUUUGUAAUAUGUGUAAUAUUGCUUCUAGACGGUUAGCCAUUUUCCUGCUGAGAAUCUGUUUGGCAUGAUUUUCACAGUGUCACUUUAACAUUUUCAUACAAAAAUAUAAAAAAUCAAAACAAAAAACGAAAAACAAAAUCAAUGUCGCGUACGAUACUGAAUGAGAGAGUUAAUGGAGAGCGCGAUUGUUUAAAUCACUUUAAAAUUUAUUUUUUCUCUGAAUUUUAAUCAUAUUGUGAUUUUAAUUGGUUAUAUAGAACGGCCAGGUCAUAUUCAUAUUUAAUGUUCUUGUUAUCAAUCAAUAAAAAUGCGAAAAAUGCGUCUACUAGCAAUCCAGUUGAGCCAAACAUGAUUCGUUUUUUUCCGAAAGUAUUUUAGUUAGUCGAAAUUUUUUCUUUAUUAUGUAAAAUUUAUAAACCUUUGCAUUAAAAUCAAACUUCUAAAAGUAAACACUUUAACAAAAAAACAUUCCAAUAGAACCGCCUGGUAUGUAAUACAUUAAAUUAUACAUUAAAAAGUUGACUUUUUUAAUAAUUUAUUUAACUCAUUUGAAAGAUUGAUAUGAGAUGAGUUUGAUAGGAUUAUACACUGAACACAAAAAAAGUAUAUAAUCUUUUAAUUUGAUGAAUAAUCUUAGUUUUUAUUCAUGUAGGACAGGCUGGCCGUAUUGCUUAAAACUAAAUUUUAAAACAUAUACCUUCCAUCGUAAGUUUAGAGACAUUUCCUUCUGCAAACCGUGAAAGGACACUUUAUCCCUGGUGCGCUCACCAGAAAUAAUCUUACUUUGUUGUUUAACGCAUUUUUGCUAUGAACCAAAAUAGUUAGACAAAAGAUUAUUCGGAGCCGCUUUGAUUGAUGCAGUGAUAUCCUCGUUUAAAACAACAUCUUCAACUAAGUUUUACAAAAAAAAAGCUUUGUACAUUCGUUUACUAUCGGUACCAUAAACCUAAAUUUUUCCAUUGUUACAAAAUAUUGUUAGUUUUCUUUAAUCGUCCAGCACUGUAGGCUAUAUAUAUAUAUAUACAACGAUUUGCUACACACAGAAUGAUUUUACCUCAAGGAACUGGAAACCGGUUGCAGAACCGAUCUCGAAUCCGCUGGUUGGUGUUAUAAUAAUUGAACUUAAUAGACCAUCAUCUCAUCAUCAUUACACCGCGAUCAGGCAUCUAAAAGGAAGGCAUGAGUCAUGACGACGGCGUCCACGAUCAUAGCGAUACAGAGAAUGGUGAAGGAGAGCGGCGGAUCGGGUGCUUCCCGGUGUGCUUAAGGGUAGGGCGGAAAAAAUUGACACCGGAGAAACUCUCGUCACAACCGUGCAGAUCGGCACUCGGGAAUACUGCAUAUAAAAGAUUCAUUCCCGACAUGACGAAGUUGACGUGAGAGUGCCAGCAAUUACAGAAAUAAAUUUCGUAUAUUGAAGACUAUGAACUAUAGGCGUUUCUACCUUGCAAAAUUGUUUGAAGUCAUCAACUCACACUGGAAAGGAUGAUUUGCGCUUAAGUGUGUAGUAUGUCCUGCGAACAGCCACAACUUAUGGCUUUCAUGAGUGGUCACCUUCAUUAGGAACUUAUUUAGUUAGUUGAUGUAAUCGGGAAGCGUAGUCAACCUGCAAUAAAAACCAACCCCUUCUACCGCACGAAACGAAUCCUGCUACGAAUAGAGCCAGUUUUUUUUAAUUUUCAAUGAUUAUCCGCAGAAUAAUACUCAAAUAAAAAUUACGGGGUUUUCGUUGUGAAAAUCUAUCCCCACUCAUAUUUGGCUCUUGCACCGGUGGGUCAAAUGCUUUGAAUUACUACUCCACUCUGCCCGGGAGUGCUCCGUGCGGCCGUACGAAACGACGAACGGUCGUCGGGCUGACCUGAGACAAGGUUGUGAAGGUAGAAUGCGGUAAGUCCUCCGGCAAAAGGAGAAUGACGGGAAUGAUGGAACAAGAUGAAAGAAUUGUGCCGCCGACGCGGUGCCGCAACUCAGAGCACAGGCAUUAUCAUCAACUAGUCAGAGGACUUGGGAUAGCUGGUGUGGAUGAGAAGCUCACCGCAACCGCAACGGUUUCA